UUGUGAUGCAUCAAGAGCCACGGUAUCCAGGGUAAUGUCAGCAUACCACCAAGAAGAACCAACCACAUCCAACAGGAUUAACUGUGGACGCUGUAAGAGGAAGCUGUCUGAAAGGGAUGUUCGGGUGCUAACCCGGAUUGUAUCCAAAAAACAUAAAACCACGGCUGAUCAAAUCACGCAGAAUUCAAUGUGCACCUCAACUCUCCUGUUUCCACCAGAACUGUCCGUCACCACAAUCAAUUACUGUGCUCUAAAACCAGGUGUUUCACUUUCAUUCUCCAACACCUGUACCUAAUAUUGUUAGGAGUUUGUGGAUGUUUGGGAUUAUUAUUAUUAUCAGAUCCUCGGUAGGUGUUUUUGGGUGGGUCCUAAAGCUCAAACACAAUGUAAAUGAACUUCUAUGCAAAUUAAACUCUCAUUUCUCCCAUUCGUUAAUGCUAAUGUUCAUUAUCAGGAAAACUCUGAACUACACUGAGAGAAAAAUUAAUUUGGAACGGUGUUCUAUAGACAAAUGAGAUUAAAAUAGAACGUUUUUUUUGUUUUAAAUGAGAAGUGUUAUGUUUUUAGAUAGAAAAAUAAAAAACACUGCAAUGCGAUUCUUAUCCUCUCUGUGAAACAUGGUGGUGGUAGUAUCAUGGUUUGGGGCUGGUUUUGCUGUAUCUGGACCAGAACGUCUUCAUUUUACAGUGGAAUAAUAAAUUCUGAAUUAGAGCAGAGAAUUCAGUCUGUGAGACGAAGGUGAAGACCCUCCUCACUCUCACUGUGAUGCUGGUCGGUACAGGCGUCUGUUAGCUGAUGAAUCAGAGCUGGGGAGGCUGAUGCUGCCUGGUGAUGCUGCAUUGAUUGGUGGAGGCAGGAAAAAGAGGCGGAGUCUUUCUCCAGAUCUCUCAGAAGUAGUGAUAGUAGUGAUAAUAGUGAUAGUGAAGGGUGAACUGACUCAGCUAAACUGAUUAAUAAAACAUUAAAUGUACUAACCUGCUAAACUAUAUAGAUUAGUAUAUAACCCGUACAUAUAUAGUCUAUAGUGUUAGUGUAUAGUAUGAAAUUGGGACGCAGCCUGAGAACAGUUUAAAUCUGUUGCAGCAGUGUGAUGUCUUCAGCAUUCUCACAAUCAAUUAUUUAUUUAUUUAUUUAUUAUUUAUUUAUUUAUUUAUUUACUUAAUGAUUUAUAUAAAUAUUCCUGUGUGUGUUUACAUGUUUUGUAUUCCCUAAUUGUCACAUAUAUACUAAUAAUUUCAGGUUAUUAAUAUUAUUAAUACACAGCGAUUCAUACAGCAGCUUCACUGUAUAACCAGCUUUAGAGAAAAUCAUCACUGCAGAAUAUUUCAUAUUUAACUCAUCAUUAAUGCACUAUUCUUUAUGUGUGUGUGAGAGAGUGUGUGUGCAUGGGUGUGUGUGUGUGUGUGUGUUUGUGUGUUUGUGAGUGUGUGUGUGUAUCUUCAAGCUGAUGUCCCGUAUCUCCACCCACUGCUGAUCAUCUGUUCCUCUUGUUUCUGGGCUGUGAAUGUUUGUUUGUUUGUUUGUUUGUUUGUUUACUGAAUGCUCACUCUGUUCCUCGGGGUAAACGCCGCUGUACUGCUGGUUUAAUCUGAAUAAUUGAUCAGAUGUUUACAAUAAAAGCACAGUUUAGCACCAGA